AUGGCGGUUAUACUGGUAGGGGAGAGUGCAAUGAUUGCUGGCUACUUUUCAUCUCUCACACUCAGAAUACAUUUUGAGGUCGCCGUUUUGUAAUGCUACUUCACCGGUCGGUUCGCUGCCUACGGGAUAGAUGAUUAAUAGUUACUAGGCAAAUGUCUCAUCACUCAGUCAGACUGAUUGUGUUUAGCCUGUUAGCCUCCGUGCUCGAGCUGCUACACAAACAUUGACAAUCAGCCUGUAAAUGUCACCAAGACUGAUGUUAUUACCCUCUUUCACAGCAUGAAAAAGCUUUAUUAUCAUGCCUAACCAACCUUGACGAUUGUUCGUUGCAGAAUAUGGUAUCAAGUGUCUCGGAGCUCCUGGUACUGUUAGGUUUCGCCGGAAGGAAUAAGAUCAGUCGCAAACAUGAACUUGUGCUGAGAGCUCUGCAUUUACUGAGUGGCUGUAGUCCUGCUGUGCAGAUCAAAAUAAAGGAACUGUAUUGUCGGAGAUACCCAAGAACAUUUGAAGGUCUUCCAGAUUUGACAGCUCUUAAGUCAAGCAUCAAAUCUUACUUUAACAUAGAUUGUGGUGCCACGGUUGUGAGCUCAGAUCUUUCUCUACAAACCGGCCAUUCUGACCUGGUACUGCAAAACCUGUCAAGCUGUGAUUCACCUGUUUGUUAUGAUUCAAAGUCCACGAUGAAUAUGCAGCAGUCCACGCCACUUAUGGCCCCCGUCCACCCGGACGUUCUGAUGAAAUCCCUUCCUUUUUAUGAUGUGCUGGACGUCUUAAUCAAACCAUCAAGUUUGGGGGCCAGUACUGUUCAGCGGUUUCACCAGGAGAAAUACUUUAUAUUUGCUUUGACUCCACAGCAAGUGAGAGAAGUUUGCAUUUCUCGGGACUUUCUUCCAGGUGGCAGAAGGGACUACAUGGUUCAAAUUCAACUACGGUUUUGUCUAGCAGAGACCAGCUGUCCACAAGAGGACAAUUAUCCAAACAGCCUGUGCAUCAAAGUCAAUGGGAAGCUCUUCCCUCUCCCUGGCUAUGCACCACCUCCUAAGAAUGGUGUGGAGCAGAAAAGACCAGGAAGACCACUGAACAUCACGUCUCUGGUCAGGUUGUCAUCUGCUGUACCCAAUCAGAUAUCAGUUACAUGGGCACCUGAAAUAGGGAAGACAUACUCAAUGUCUGUUUACUUGGUACGGCAGCUGACCUCCCCAUUGUUACUGCAGAGGUUAAGAAUGAAGGGGAUCAGAAACCCUGACCACUCCAGAGCAUUAAUUAAGGAAAAACUCACGGCAGACCCUGACAGUGAAAUCGCCACAACCAGUUUGCGAGUCUCACUCAUGUGUCCACUUGGCAAGAUGCGCCUUACAGUACCCUGUCGAGCUGUCACCUGUUCUCACCUGCAGUGCUUUGACGCUGCUCUUUACCUGCAAAUGAAUGAGAAGAAGCCUACCUGGAUCUGUCCCGUCUGUGACAAAAAGGCCAUAUAUGAAAGUCUGAUUAUAGAUGGGCUCUUCAUGGAAAUUCUCAACGAUUGUACAGAUGUAGAUGAAAUCAAAUUUCAAGAGAAUGGGACAUGGUGUCCAAUGAGACCAAAGAAAGAGGCAUUGAAAUUGUUGGAAUCUUCAUGUAUCCCAAAAAUUGAUUGUGCUGUCCCUCUGCGACAGAGUGCAGUGGUGCCACCCUCAGAACCCAGCAGUACAAAAAAAGCAGACGUGAUUGAUUUGACGCUAGAGAGCUCGUCUGAUGAUGAUGACGAGGACAGCGAUCGUCCUCUGAAAAAGCGCUGUCUCUACAUGUCUAAAACUGAAGAGAUGCACAGCAAAGGGGUUUUGACGUAUCAGCCAUCAACUGUUCGUGUGCCAAAUGUCCAGGCACUGGACACAUCAUACCUGACCUCCUCAAUAGCAGACUACUCUGUUCCAUUUCACCAUUCAACCUUAUCCACUAUUCCCACAGAUAUGCAAAGUCUUGAUUUAUUUUCGCUGAUUCAAGGUGACCCCCAGCAGCAUUUCAGAUCCCCCAUAUUUUUAGACAGCCUCUCCAGCAGCCUUCAGAAUGCCACCACCAGCACUGGCCUGGUACCCUCUUCAGCUCAGUACUCAGUAGAGAUGGGAACCCAUAGCGGCAGCUCAAGUCACGAGACUGGUGUCAUCACCGGAGGAUCCUCAGGCCUUUCAGACAUUAUCUCACUAGAUUGAAUCAUGGUUCAUAUUUAUUGGCCAGAAAUUAGCCAGUCACUAAACCAACCACACCAAGUCAAAUUAGCUAAGCUAAAACAUUUUUAUGCUGGACUUUAAGAAUUAUAUUUUGACAUGGACCUAGGAGGACAGCAAUUAAGCAAGAUCAUAUUUCCUGUGAGUUCUGUGGCUGGGUUAGCAAAUGCAACCCUGACUCUGGCUAUUUUUUCCUCAAAUUGGGGAAACUUAAGUUGGACUAUAAUGACUCUCAUCCAUUAACUUUUUGAUGGAAGGAGCAAAGCAAACUAUGGAAGAAAAAAAACAAGUGGACUGGAAAUUACAGACAUGUCAAACCAUCUGCGGUUGAAGUGCAAACAAUUUCAGCAGCAGCUCAGUUUAUGUUGUCCUUUUGAAUUUCAGCAGUGCAAUUAUUUUUUGCUUUUACAAUUUCAGACUUCAGUUGCAGCAAUAAAACCUGUCUGUUGUAUAUUGUAAAAUGUUUAUUCGUCUGACAAAUUUAAUAUUUGCAACACUUGUCUGUUUUUAAAGAUUGUGGUUUUAAAUUGAGUUUGAAUUAUUUUACCAUGAGCCAUCAUAUUUUAGGUUGCUGAUGCAGUAAACCUAUUUUAAAUUUUAUAAGGAAGUUGUUUUUGUACUCAAAGAUGUCUAACAUAUUGCCUUAAACUGCAACAUGUAUAAAACAUGAUUUUAAUGUUUCUUGGUCUGCUAAAAAGACAUGACAUAUGUCAAAUUAAGCCAAGCAAACAUUUAUAUAUGUAAGAGGAUCAAUACAAUACACAAAUCUUCCUUAUUUUGCAAGUCUAACCCUUGCUAAUGGUUAUUAAUUUCAUAGACAUGAGUAGCAGUUUGACUUCAUCUCACAUCUAGUCUUACUGGAUAUGAGCCAUACAGUAUGAACUGUGUAAUUUCAAGAUACUCUGAAGGCAUGUGAAUGGUUAUUUCUUUUGCACAAGUAGCAGUUCCCCUGUUGUGUAAAUUGUAUGUACUAUUGAGUCUAAAACCCAACACUGAUUAUACUGUAAAUGUUGAUACAAUGUAUUGUUUUUUUUUUUUAAUAACAAAUGCAGCUUUAUUGAUGAUGUAAACAGGGAAUUUUAAGUUUUUGAGUAUCAUGAA